AUGCCAAAGGAACAAAUGCAGAGAACUUCGGGCCCGUUCGCCUGUCACGCACACGGAUGCGGAAAGAUGUUCAUUCGUCGGCAUGAUUUAACCCGUCAUGCACGUAUUCAUGACCCGAAUACCGAACGUCUGAAGUGCUCUAAGUGCAACCACACAGCUAUCUACAAAGAUAACCUCAAGACACAUUUCAUCGGAAGACAUGUAAAUCCAAAGGCGUAUGCCUGCAGGUUCAACAAUUGCAGUAGGACUUAUACCGACGACUCUUCUCUCAUAAAGCAUGAGAAGAAGUGUCACAAGUUCUAUCGAAGGGCGCAGAAGCCCUAUGUACGUCCUCCGACGCCGACGUUGCGACUACAAGUGCACGCCAGCAUGUUCGUGCAAGGUACCUUCAAAAGUCAGGAACCUUCUCCAACUACGUCCUCUGGCGAUGAGCAAUUCAAUUUCGAACAAUACUUGGAUGAGAUCUUAGGUCUUUGCAAGCCAUCUGAAGCUUCUAGUACCGGCCAUGCCUCCUCUGGUUUCUCAGAGUCUCAAAGACAUAGACACCUAGACAAUGAACGAUCAGAGGCUACCAGUGCGCAAAAAGUCAACGCUCUUAAUGCAUCUGUUUCUACUUGCCAGGAUCCCCUCUUGGAUCAAGUCUCCGAGCUAUUCAGUGGACAAGUACCCUUUCCAUGGCAGCAAGGACUUGGAGAGGUAGAUCUCGGUGUUGAGACAUGGAACACGUUUUUAAUAGAGCAACAAGGAUCUAUCGACGAUUACUCCCUUUUUGGUCUAUAUAAUGGAUGGCACAAUGAUCCGAUACUGAACCAGAAUAUACAGCGCUGCUAA